AGGCUGAGCCACUUUCAGGUGUAUAUGUUUGUACGGCGGGGGAGGGGAGCAAGAUCUGCAUUUGGAGAGCUGGGCGCAACCCAGGAUCCGGGAGGUGAAGCUUGAAUGAGGAAAAACCCUGGAGCGCGAAGAAACCUUUGGGACCGUCUGCAACCUUCGUGUAAAAGGAGAUCCCACAUCUGACAGCCACCCCCUUCUGCCCUCCACCAGCCAAAAAAUAAAACCAGCAACAUGCAGCUGAACGGCGGAUCCGGGGAGCGCGGUGUCGGUGCGCAAGUCAGCGGAGGUUUAGCCCGCCAGGGCUGGCCUUGAAUCAAGCACCAAUGCAGCCGCAGAGGACAUCGGCGGUGCCGACCACAGCCAACGGUGUCCCGGGCCCGGAAGAGGCAUCGGCAGAGGUCCGGGAGGAGCAGAGACCAGCGAAGCAGUCACUGAGUACCUCUGUGUGCAGGGAGUCACACUGGAAGUGCCUGAUCCUCUCGCUGCUGAUGUACGGCUGCCUGGGGGCCGUGGCCUGGUGCCAGUUAACGCGGGUCACCAAACUCAGCUUCGACAGCUCCCUGAAGGGCAAGUCCAUGAUCUACCAUGACAGCCCCUGCUCCAACGGGUACGUGUACAUCCCCCUGGCUUUCCUGGCCAUGCUCUACAUGGUCUACCUGGUGGAGUGCUGGCACUGCCACGCCCGCAGCGAGCUGCAGUACAAGGCGGACAUCGACAGCGUGUACGAGCGCAUCGGCCGCAUGCAGCGGGCCACCCCUUGCAUCUGGUGGAAGGCCAUCAGCUACCACUUCGUGCGGCGGACCCGCCAGGUGACCCGCUACCGCAACGGCGACGCCUACACCACCACGCAGGUGUACCAUGAGCGGGUCAACACGCAUGUGGCCGAGGCCGAGUUCGAGUACGGCCGCUGCGGCGUCCGAGACGUCUCCAAGCGGCUGCUGGGCCUGGAGCGCCACCCGGCCACCCGCCUGCGCUUCACCAAGUGCUUCAGCUUCGCCAACACCGAGUCGGAGAACUGUUACCUCAACCAGCGGGCGCACUUCUUCAGCGAGGUGGAGGGGCUGGACGACUACAUGGAGGCCCGCGAAGGCAUGCAGCUGAAGAACGUGGAGUUCAAGGACUACCUGCUGGUGUACGCUCACCCCGACCGCCUGCCCUGGUACAUCUCACAAUACGCCUUCUGGGCGGCCGGCCUGCUCCUGCUGUCGUGGCCGCUGCGGGUGUUGGUCGAGUGCCGCACGGCCUACGUCCACUACCAUGUGGAGAAGCUGUUCGGCCUGGAGUACGCGGCGGCGACGACGGCCGCCACGCCGAGCGAGGAUGCGGGCCUGUGCUCGCCGGCCGCCCGGGUGGGCACGGUGGACAGCACCGAGCUGGAGUGGCACAUCCGCAGCAACCGCCAGCUCAUCCCCAGCUACUCGGAGGCCGUGCUGAUGGACCUGGCCUCACUCUCCAUCUGCAACGGCUACUCCACCUGCGGCAUCGUGCGCGCCGGCGACUGCGACGGCCGCUCCAGCUCCUCCUCCAUCUUCUCCCGCAACGUAGGCCGCAGCCACUCCCGCUUCUCGCUCGACACCAGCCGCUUCUCGCUGUGCCGGCUGCACGGAUCCGGCCGCACCGGCCUGUGGCGUAGCCGCAGCAGCAACAUCAACAUCGACGAGCGCGGCCGCGACGACCACUUACGAUCCUACUCCAGCCAGCUGGCCAUUAGCGACAGCCCGCCCAACUACCAAGACGCCCGCUUCUUCCCGGUGCUCAUCGUCCACCGGCCCUGCCAGGGCCGAGAGGGAGACGGGCGCAGGUACUACAUCAGACGGAACUCCUGCCUGGAAACAUCCUUGUGACCCACCCUUCUCCCUUCCUCCUCUGAGCUGUCAUCCACUUCUCCUCUCUGUAAUGUCCUUCAAACCUCGCGGUCCUCAGCAUUUCUCCUGUCCCCUCCUGCAUCUACUUCAUCCGGCCACGUCUUCGUCUAGAUGCCCCCAGGUUCUGCGAUCCAUCUCUCCAACCCUUUCCAACCUUCCCUGCCUCCAUUCACCAUGCUCGUGAGAACCUCAUGUUAACCCCCCCCCCCCCCCCCCCCUACUGUCCACAGAUCCCCUCUUAUCAAAAACCUGUCGUUAUGUAUUUCAAUCCUAGGAAGAUUCUUCACGCCAAAGGUGCAGUUUGCAUCCAUGAUGUGAUGUGAUCUCUCUAGGAUGCUGCUGUGAGGUUGGUCAGUGCUGGUUUUAUGGCUUAGCUUCAACAGAGGUGAACUCCACCAAGAGUUACAAGACUGGCAGAUCUUUCUGGAUUUCUUUCAGAAGCUGCCAAAUGCUAACUCCCAAAAGAUUCCGACAGGAGUUUUCCGGUUAAAAUCUUUUCAACGAUAGGCGGGUGAAGACGAGGUAAGGUAAGUACAUUUGCAGACUUGCAGUUUGUAUCUUCCUGCAGUCAGAGGAGCUAAGAGUUUCGGUCAAAGCCGAUGAGUGAAAUGCACGAUCUGAUGUUAGAUAGAGCUCUAAGGGCCAGCGGACUCAAGGGAUAUGGGGAGAAGGCAGGCACGGGUUACUGAUUGUGGAUGAUCAGCCAUGAUCACAAUGAAUGGCGGUGCUGGCUCGAAGGGCCAAAUGACCUCCUCCUGCGCUUAUUUUCUAUGUUUCUGACAACACACAUUCAAACAAGCAGCUUGUUGGUGUUCUGACGGGUGUAUGUUCUACCAAACAGGCUGAUGGACACUUAACCCAGAGUGUCAGUGGUGUAACAUUGCACAGGGAGAAGCUGCUCUUGCAAUCCUUUUGUUCUUUAACACAUGCGGUUGACAGAUUAUUGGAAAUAGACGGGAUACAGUCACUUUGCACAUUGUUCUUUCACCUAUGGGGGCUUUGGAGGGUGGGGGUGGGUCACACUGUUAUAAUAUUCCUCUAUCCACCAUCGUAAUGCAUCUAUUGAAGCAUUGGUUCACAGUGGUAUGAUAUUCCCCUAUCUGAAUGGGGUCACAGCUCAGUCACAAUACCACAAGAUCAGGAUAUCAUAACAAUAAAAUGCACGCAACAAAUCCAAUCAGCAGUUCAGCUUAGUUAAGAACAGAUCUGAUAAAGAUUCUAAGAUACACCUCAAACAUCAGAAGCUCAAGUUCCUAUUCCUAUUGCCCAUUCGAUCUUGUCACAUUAUGUUUUUCUAUCUCAAAUCUUUGCAGUCUGGGCUCAUCACUCUGAGGCCUCGUGACUCCUAGAGGGUGUAGCAAAACCCAACACAUUAGCUGGGUUCAAUUUGUAAAUCUAUUGUUAAAUAAGAUUGAUAUCUGCUUAUAAAUUGUGCAUAUAUUUGAAAAAGAAAUAAUUUUCAGAGCUUUGGUUCAGCCCAGAAAUAGUGAACUCAUUUGAUAGCUUGUUAGAGAGUUGAUAUGAUAGCCUUUCUCUUGGUUCUUUCAUCUCCCCAAAAUCUGCUUUACACGGGAAAGGUGAACAUUUAGAAUUCCCACUCUCAAGACCUGGGGUUCAGAUUGGUUAGAUUUUUGUUAAGUACGAAUAUUUAGGGAACCAAUGAGCACUUGGAGUGCAAAUGAAGAUCUAAUUGAAGGAACUCCUAACAGCCUGUUUCAGAGUUGGAACAAGAGGUGACAGAACGGUUACCAGCGAUGCAGACAGUUCACGGCCUUAAGUAUGAGCAAGUUAGUGGAAUAUUCGUUUUGGUGCUGAGUUUUUGCUCAUUUAAACAAGCUAAAGGUGUCCAUCGUAACCAGUUUAUUCUUCCGGGCUGGGUGGUUGUGAAGUUUUGGUUGCAAUGGUGGCACAAUGGGUGGCUGCAGGAGAUUUGGAAAUGGAGGGAGAGUGGGGGGGGGGGGGGGGGGGGGGGCGGUGGGUUGAGUGAAAGAUUAACUGGGCUUCCCACUAUCUUACUCAGGAGUCAUAAGCAGGUCAACCCAAAGCCUUCUGGAAUUAUCCAUUAAUCUCUUGUGAACAAACUUUGGAUGGCAAUGUUUGUGACUCUGUGUGCCAGUUCAGUGGAAAGCAGCCUUGGGCAAGAAGUAUUGGACUCAAACCCAGACCCAAAGACUUCUGGUGAAAACUCUGUGCUGUGCUGCCGUGCCAGAAUCUGCUGUCUUUUUGUGUGCAUUUUUACCCUGAUUAAUAUGUAAAUGUUCACAAGGUACUAUUUUGGAGGGAAAAAAAUGAAGCUCUCUAUGUUACCCCUGUUAAUAAUCAACCCUCAACCAUCAUCACUUCAAGACUGGUCAUCCAUUCAUUACUUCUUGUGGAAUCUUGCUGUACACCAGUUAGCUGAGGAGUUUCUGAUAUUAGAACAAUUAUUUCAUUGACAGCCUAUGUGAAAAGGGCAGUAUAAAACCUUCCUGGGCCUUGGUUUUAACAUGACAUCAGUCAGUGCCCCCUACAAUGCAAUUGAUUAAGCAGCAGAGUAGAACACUGCCCAUCAUGUCCUUACUUGGGUGAUUCAGUGGAAUGUCCCUGGAAGUUGUUUGAGCAAUUGGCCCUCAAAUGAAUUAAGAGGCUGAGAUGUGGAUAAAUUGAUCCUUUGUUCUGCACCUGACCAUGUGGAAUCAAAAGAGAGCAAAUGUUAAUGUUUUAUAGCAAGGCUUUGCAUGCAGCAAGGUGUGGACAGCCAACUAGUCAUGACAAAUACAUUUUCUUUACAACAUGUGAACAUAACACUGGAAAUGCCAGCAGUUGAUACCCAUCAAUAAUCACCCCCUCAAAUAAAUGGCUUAUUCAGCCACUUCGGAGAGCAGAUGGUGGAUCUGAAAGUACAUAAAUAUUGGUUUCUUCCUUGAAGGACAUUAGUGUGACAGGUAUAUUUUAUAAUAAGUCUGGUUGUUCCACGGUUACUAUUACUGAUGCAACUUUUGUUUGAAUCCCGGAUCGAUUUAUUUAUUUAUGACACCAGUUUAAACGCCACGGUUGCUGGGAUGUGAUUUAAACACGUUUCUCCAGAUUAUUGGUUCUGGCGUCUGAUGUUAGUCCAGAUGUUAGUCCAGACGUUCAAUAACUUAAUCGCUGCACUACUUCACUCAUGAUUGAAGGUUACAUAAUCGCCACCUAUACCAAGAUGAACUCACCAGCUCUUAACUGAAUAAUGCCAAGGCAUCUGUAAUACUUCACUGACAGCCUGUCUGUUUAAUAUCUCCUCUGAGAAAUGGUACCUCAGACUAUGCAGCACUCCCUUUAUGCCAGACUGGGUUUUAUGCUCAUGUCCCAGACAUGGUUUCAAAUCCAAAUCCCCCAUGCCACAGGGAAAUUUCACUCUGAAUGCACUCUCAACUGCUGGAAUUGAGUGGGCCAAUCAACUCCACAACUGCUUCACGUGUGGAGGUCAAACAAGGGCAGAAUGCAGCUCAGCUGUAAUAGUGCCUGCAAUUAAACAGCCUCCUGUCAGCCUCUAAUCAGCAGCCCUGUUAGAAGCCACAUGGUCCAGGGGGAACCACCUUCCAGUGAGGAGUUUAGGAAGGGGUUAGGAAGCAAAUUGAGAACUCUUAACCUGGUGUGUCUGGUCUAUGCGGUUUGUGGAUAGAAACAAGACUUUGGAGAUUUUUCAAUGACAUGCUGAAUCUUUGAAGGUGCAAGGAGUGAGUUCUACAUCCUGCCACCCUCCCCUUCCCCCACUGCUGUAGGCUGACCUUGGCCACUUUUCCCAAUCUACGUUUGCAAAGCCCUUAUACCUUUGACUGUUAACACUGUGGAAUAUUGAACUGGGACUAACUAUGCAAACAAAAACCUUGCCACGGAUGUCAAGAAGAGGGCCCAAGGAGGCAGAGUGAUGCCGGAGCAUCUGAAUGCUUUGUGUCUCGUGUUUGUCUGCAGCGUGGACUAGCAGUCCCUCAGUAACUGCUCCUGGCUGGUGGGUCCAUUGUCUUCCUGCUCAACCCCUACCGCACCCCCUCCCCCCACUAACCCUUG